UAACAAGGUCAGCCACAAACUCCUCCUCCCCUUCCGAGUCUUGAAAAGCUAGAUUUGAGGUCGCUUUUGCUUCGGAAAUGUACUUGGUUGGACUUCACCGUAUUUCAUAUUGAAAUUUCUGGGUUGAUAAAAGCAAUUGGCAUUAAGUCCUCAAUAUGUUCCCACAGUCGUUCUUCCGGUUUCUUUUGGGUUUGGAUAAUGAAAACGAGUUGCUAAUGGAAUCGUUGUCCUGGCUCAUGAUCCUCAUGGGAGGCUGUUCAUUCGUGGUUUUGCGGUCUGUUGAUUUGCCAUAUGGAAGAUAUGCUUCCAAUAAGUGGAGGAUUCAAGUCAAUGUGAAGGCUGCUUGGUUUAUCCAGGAGAUCCCGUCCCUGGUAUUGCCAAUUUAUCUGAUGUUUUUCAGCGCUGACAUUAAACCUUUGCAGCUUCCCAACCAGCUCCUCCUGGGGAUGUUCAUCUGUCACUACACCCAAAGGUCACUGAUAUUCCCUUUUUUAAUUAGAGGAGGAAAAGCGACACCUUUCAUUUCUUUUGUAUUAGCUUUCAUAUUUUGCCUAUAUAAUGGAUAUCUGCAGGCUAGAUUCCUAAGCAAGUACGCUGUCUACCCCUCAGACUGGAUAACUGAUCAACGCUUCCUCACAGGCUUUGUACUCUGGUUUCUUGGAUUGUCAGUAAACCUGCAUUCUGACCAUAUCCUCAGAAAACUACGAAAACCUGGUGAAACAGGAUAUAAGAUCCCCCACGGAGGAAUGUUUGAAUAUGUGUCUGGUGCUAACUUCCUUGGAGAAAUUGUAGAAUGGAUUGGGUUUGCCAUAGCUUGCUGGUCACUGCCAAGUGCAGCAUUCGCUGUAUUUGGAUUUUUCAUUCUUGCUUCUCGGGCUGCACAACAUCAUCGAUGGUAUCUGGAAAAGUUUGAAGAUUAUCCAAAGUCAAGAAAGGCCUUAAUACCUUUCUUAUAUUGAAAUGUCAAAUACUUACAUAUGGCUAGAUUUUCCACCGGAUAGAUAAUAAAUACAUUGAGAAGUCGGUAUACUUAUCUCUGAGACAGGAUCUACAAGUUAGAGCCUUCCCAAUCUAACAUAAGAACCCAUUUAACUUUGUGAUAUGUUUUAAUUGCUUCUGAAUAACCCUUCUAACUCUGACAGUUAACUUCUAUAAGCAUGGAGCCUCAUUCCUUCAGAUUUUAGUCAUUUCGGGAAUUUUUUGACAUAUAAAUAGAAAAUGUUUUUGUGCUCUUUCUUUCAGAUCCCUUUUAUAUCUUUCUUAAUACAAUCCUCCUUUUCCCCCUCAUUAUUUCAAUUCCUGUAUCUGCCUUGGCAUUGAAUUUGAUAUUCUAACUGGCAUUUCCUGGUUCAGGCUCUCCGCUGCUCAUUAAUGAUUCUUCAUUCAGAUUAAGGAAUUACGCAGUUACUUGCUCUGUUCUCACAGAUCCCAGGUUCUCCAUAGACCGAGCUACAUUUUAUGGUUCUCUAAUUUAUAGUAAAUUCCAGUGCAAAAUUCCAUAAAAAUUCUAUGAGCAAAUGUAAUUAAUGUAUUUUUUCACUACUGAGAUCAAAAUCCAGGCCACUGAAAUUCUUGAAAUGGACUGUAACAACUAACUUGCCUCCUUUGCUUAUUAAAUGCUGCUCUCUAAUAUAACUGACAGUGCAAUGCAAGAUAAGAAUCAAUAAGAUGAAACUGGGCCAUGUUAGAUGAAGAUGGAACCCAUAGAAAAAAAUUUUGUGAGCUGAAUAGUAAAACAGAAAGGCUGUUGAAAUUACCUGGAAAAACUCAGCAGGUCUGGCAGCAUCA